AUGGCUUGCGGCACGGGAAAGUCGCGAAUAAUCCGGGAGUUGGCCAAGAAUGUUUCCGGCAAGGUGCUGAUCACAGUGCCCUCCCGCUUGUUACUGGAACAGUUUGCGGCCGAAUUCCCCAGCUUCUGCAAGGUGGGGACUGGCUACAACAAGCACAUCAACAGAAGCGCUUGUGGCUUCAUCGCAGUGGCGGAUUCUGCAAACCUACUCCAAGAUAUUCGGUUCGAAGCUGUUUUCGUGGAUGAAGCUCACCAUCCAUUGCCUUCAGGUCUGCCUGAAUGUGAGGAGAUAUUCCUUUUCUCGGCAACGCAUUAUUUGGAGGCAGACUUCGAGUAUAGCAUGGGUCAGGCCAUCAAGGAUGGAGUCUUAUGCGAUUACGAUCUCACAGUACCUAUCAUCACCGAUUGCCAUCCCUACUUGAGUCUGGCAAAGCUUCUCCAAUCUAGCCAAGGCCGCUUCAGGCGAGUACUAGCAUACUGCAACUCCGUAGCUGAGGCUAAGCGCGUGCAAGAGGUUUUUAAGACAAGUGGAAUGGCUGUGUGGCACAUAAACGCUGCAACCAGCCGGUGGAAGAGGAAAGCGGCAAUUGAAGAGUUUGCGGGCAGCAUGCUGCGAGAAGUGCAUGUUUUGGUUACGGUUCAAGUCUUGGGCGAAGGUGUGAACAUUCCCAAUGCAGACACUUGCCUGUUCGUGCAGCCGCGCAACAGCUACACAAGCAUUAUACAAGCUUUGGGCCGUAUUUUGCGGAAACAUGUUUCCAAACCUAUGGCACAUGUCAUUCUUCCAGCAGUGGCAAUGCAUUCCGACGAACCUAUGAGUGCUGUGGUGUCGGCAGGUGACUCAGCUUCUGGGGUUGGCUUUCACGGAUCAGGUGAUUCUCCUACCCAGGAUAGUUCUUUGAGUUCUAAUGGCAAUGGCGUCCUACCGGCCAGUGCCCCUGCUACAAGUAGCAGGGAUUGCAAUGACCUUCCAACCAGUGGUGCGCAAUCAAAGUCCGGGUUCCGGAAUCAAAAUGAAAGCGCUGUGCUGCGUGGGGGCAUAGAGGGUGCAGCCACCGAUGCCUCGCAACUUUCUCCUGUCGCAACAGCUGCUUUGGAAAAUGUGAAUUUGGGAAAUCGUGUUCGUCAGGAAUCAGCGGUAUCCGACGUUGCGCAAAAGCGGAUCAGAGAUGAUGAGAAUGAGGCCAAACCGCCCCAAUGCCGGGACGGCAGUCUGCUCAGAAAAGGGGCUGGCGUGACCACUAAGCGCCGGGUUCAGAGCAGGAGAUUGAAGUUUUCCAGCUCGCUGCUCGGGCAGACCAGGGAAAGGUACGAUUCACAGCUUGAGCGUUUUCUGGCGGUCAUCGCUCAUGCUGACUGUGGCCUUGUCGACUCCCCGAAGUCUUUGCGCUUUCGCCUGAGCUUUGUAGAUUGUCGUUCCUCGAGGUCUGGAAAUGCAUUGCUCUUGGCAAGAAGCGAGCUCCUCCACACCCUGGUAGGACUGAUUGAUGGCGAUGAUCGUUGGGAAUCUCGAGUGCAGGAACUGGAAGGCUUUGUCCGACAGCACGGUCGGCUUCCAACGAUUAGGGACAUGAAGGAGGGAAUGCCGCAGAGGUCCUUGUUUACAUGGGUGAAGAACACCGGAAGAUUGGUGACCAAGGGCAGACUUCCGCCCGACAGAUACCAAAGGCUUCUUAACUCAUCGCUGGUACCAAUCCGCACCCGUGCUCUGGCGUGGAAAGAUCCAGGAUUCCGUUUCCGGAGACACUGUGAACGACUGCGAGAUUUUGUUGAGAAGUUUCAGACCGUGCCGAAAUCAGGACGAGCAGCUUAUGACGUUGAAGGCAAAUAUUUGGCAUGUUGGCUGCACGGUCAAAGGAGAACCGUGAAACUGGGGCUUCUGAGAUCCGGGACUAGGUCGGAUGCAUGCUUGCGAAGAGAAAGCAUUGCAGCCGUCCACCCCUUGGUUGCAGAUUAUGUCCAGUCAUGGGACACGCCGCUUCUGUUGAGGCCUCGAAGAGACGCGAUGAAGAAAUGGAGUGAGUUGGUCACUUAUGUCAAAGCGAAAGGCAGGCUUCCCAGAUCACACCGUGAUCUCCUGCAGAAUCGCUUGUACCAGCGUUUGGUGAGGCUGAAAGAGCGCUGGACAUGGCUGGCUGAAAAGGAGCAGCAUGCGGUCUUGAAGUCGCACCGGCUCAUAGCCGAGUUCCUGCAGAAGCCAUAG